AUGCUCCUCACUGGUGCUACCCGUGCGCCCGCCCGAUUUCCUGCUUGGCCCAUGGACGAGACCAUCGACACUCGCAGCACCGAGCUCGAGGAUCCGGAGCUGGGCACCUUCUCCGAUCACAUGCGACCCAUGCACCUGAAGCCACGUUGCUGUGGUCCCCCUUUGACCGCUGCUUGCUGCUGUCACUGCUUCUACGUUUGCCAGUUCUUGAUUUUUAUGGUGGUCUUCCCCUUGUGGACCAAGUGGCUAGUGACCAACCCAAUGCCAACGCAGUAUUGGCACGAGGCGUUUCCAAGCUGGCCGGUGAUUUCGGCGGCGGGUGGACAAGAGUUGGCCUUCGAAAGUGGAGUGAAGCAUCCGAUCGAGAUGUCUCCCAUUCCCAAGGAGCCCGAUGCCUGCAAUUACAGCUGUUCCUCCUGGCGGGGCUACCGGACCAACGAGAUGAACUUCCGUGUGAGUUUGAUCUUGAACCACUCGGGUCUUGGCAAGGGAUUCGUCCACACCGUUUACCCCGUCUUGUUGGCCUCCGCUGACUUCAAUGACUGGUGGGUGGUGGCCGAUCGUCGUCAGGCGUGGCCUUCGCCCUUCUGGCGCGCGCAGACGGAUGCGGCGGGGCACACCUACGUGCACGACACAGAGAGCUGCACGCGUCCGCCGGAGAAGGGAACCGAGCUCAAAAUGGACUCCGACCUGUAUGUGCUAGCUUGCCUGGUUUGGAAGCCGUCCUCCUUUGCUGAGCUCGAGAGCUUAGAUGAAUUGGAUGAUUCCGAUGUGGCCAGCUACUGCCAGAGUGCAGGGGGGGUGUGUGGAUGGAGCUGCGAUUCGGUUUUGAGCCCUGAGCUUCUUGAGGGGUGCACCGCCAAGAGCACCAUCGAGAUGACCAGGACCUCAGUCGCCGGGCGUGAGAUUCCAGGUGCCGACUUCCAAGGGGAGGUCGAGCUCAAGCAAUGUGAGAGCAACAUCAAGUCAAAGAGCUGUGAGACCUCCAUGGACAGCUUCAGGCAAUGGACCUGCCACAACUGCUAUUGGGAUCCUCGCACCGAAGAUGACAUGCGCCGCUUGCAGGGCAUCGGUGGGUUGCCACCUCCACCUGGUGGACUCGACGGCUUGUGGCUUGGGUCCGGCGACGACAAAGGUGACGAGGAUACUUCCGGCGGCGCCUUCGACACCAAGACCGACGAAGCCAAACAGCCGAUGGUCUACACCUCGUUGCCGCGCUUCCGGGUCUCGGUGAGUGGAGCUCCACCGCCCGAGGGCACCGACGUCUUCAGCCAGCCGCGGGUCUUCGUGCUCUACUCCUCCAGGGAGAAGAAGGGAAUCUGGCAGAAGCUCUACAAGGACAGCUACGGAAAGCUCUCUCCUCCGGAGCCUGUGGAUGCUGAGAACAAGCCCUUGGUGAAGAAGCCCGAGUCCGAGUACUACAACGAGGAAGUGGUCCCCCUGGUGGAUCCUGCCUCGAAGCACGCGAUGAAGCUCACGCAGCAGAACCGCUUGGAAAUCGACCCUGGCUGGUGCUAUGGACGCCAGGGGCCCAUGUACCUGGUUGCUUGCGCUGUCAACAGCACCUUGUACGAGGGUACCUUCGAGCGCUUCAAGCCUGGACAGCAGGCGGCGCCACCGCCGUUCAACGACCGCUGCGUGGCCGUGGGGGGCCGCUGCGCCUUCGCGUGUCAGGGGGAGCAACGGCCCAUGGCCAACUGCUCCGAGGAUGGAUAUAUUCACCAGUCAGCCUUGUUGGGAGAUGUCGCAUAUGAGAAGAACCAGACAACACCCGUUUGGCUUUUCUGCUACGUUUUGCUGGUGGGCUUUGGCGUGAAAGCCGUGAUGUUGUGUCCUGGAGUCUUCUCACCUUAUCCUCAUUUCAGGAGGUAUGAUCCAGAGCUCACUGCCAUGCUACGCUACAUCAUGGUGACAGUACCCAGUGCGGGUGAGAGCAAAUGCACCGUGUUGAGGAACAUCGUGGGCGCCAUUGGUUGCAUGCCAAAAGAUUGCCGUUGCCGAUACCAUGUCGCCUUCGUGGAUGAGGGACACCGAGCAGAGCAGAAGGUGAUGUUCAUGAAGUUGGCUGCAGUCAUCGAGCGUGUCCCCAAUUUUGGUGGGGUCUCCUACGAGGAGAACGUGAGCCGCUUCUUCCAGUCCUGGGUGGAGGAUACCAAAAAAAUGGAUCUGGCCAAGGUCAAGGAUGGUUAUCCGGGCGAGGUGGAGCCCGAAGUGAUGCUGCGCAUGUGCGGGAAGAACACCCUGCGAAAGCUCCGGAAGGAGGGUGGCUGGGGCUCCAUGCCUCCCGAGGUUUUUGAGCCCUUGGAGGUGGCGCUGAACAUUUUGGAAGAAGACCUGAAGAACAGCAAGAAGGAAAAGAAAGAUCUCCACCGAGAUGAUGUCGCUGAUUGGGAGCCUCAGGACCGUAACAGCCUGGCACUGCGCUUGCACUACUUGGCACGCGCCAAGCCCAUGGAGGAUGAGCGCACCAUCAAGGCCCAGCAUGUGGCGCCUGGUACCUGGUACUACAAAGUGCCUCAGAAUGCUGAAAACAAGGACUGGCUGAAGCUUCGUGCCAAUGCUCGGGAGAUGGUCUACGGAUUAGAAGAUGAUGACCCAUUCAUGAACAACGUCCCGCUGCGCACCAGCCGUGGCAAAGCAGGAGGCUUGAACUUUGCAGAGAACUACUUGAGCAUCUACGCGGACAAGCCGGAGAACAUGUAUGGAGAUGAACGAGACAACUACCCCUGCCUCUACAGUAUUUGUGAUGCACGACAUCAAUUUCAGACCGAUUUUUUUCACUCAACCAUCCCCUACUUCUUCGAUGAUGAGAUGGAGUUGAACCCUUAUGUUGGCUUCACUCAAUGCCCACAGUUUUUCCACGAAAUGCAAGACAAACUGGACUACCUGGACAACAACAACGCUCAGUUCUUCCGCUUGAACUGCAUGAUUCGAAACUGCUGCGGCGGAGUGAGUUCCUGCGGCACCAAUGGCACUUGGCUCAUCCGGCAUUCGCAGGGCGACUUGGUGUGGGAGCGGGAGCGACGCCGGGUACGUGAUGCGGAGAGCAAGCGGAAAAGCCAGGAGUACGUGGAGCGGCGCACCUUCCAUGAGAGCUGCAAAGUGGAAGAUACGGCCAGCAGUUUGCAGACGGUGCUCCGGGGCCGACGUUCGCAAUUCAUCAAUCGUCGCUUGUCGUACGGCAUGGCGAAGAACCCCGUGGACUACCUGGCGGCCGUGCAACGAUGGGCCGAAGGUGGUGUGGUUUUGUCCUUGCAAACCUUCUUCAGCUGCCACAAGGGUGUCUACAUGGUUUGGUUCACCCUGAUCUUUUUCUUUGGCUUCCUCGCCUCGCUCUUCCGGCUGGUCAGCAAGACGGAUCCCCAAUGGGAGUUCGUGAAGUGGGGCUACGUGGAAGAGGAUUGGUACACCGAAGUCAUGGCACCCGUGGUGAAGUGGCUCCGUUCCUUUGCGCUGGUGGCCCGCAGCGAAUAUUUCAGCCAGAACCCCAAGCUCCUGGAAACCUACUUGACCAUGACACUUCAAUUUAUCAGCUGGGUCUUGUGCUUGGUCUUCGUCUUUAUCUUCAUCUUCAUCCUCACAGAGUUCUUGAAGGUGGUUCAACGAGUGUGUGGAUUGAAGCUUCCAGUACUAUGGCCUGACGAGAUGAGAUGGUGGGGCCGGCUCUUGAUAUCAAUGGACAACUUGACGUACUUCUUGUGGUUCUGGACCGCCUUCUUUUGGAUCGGCUUCAACUACUACAGCAUCUUUGCUAAGCGGACAUAUCACUUCUCCUCCACAGGUAUGUUCUCCUUUAUGCUGGCUGUGCAGCUUCUCAGCUGGGGCAUGGUCAUCGCCGCCUCCAUGCGCUACACGCUGUCCACGUCAAUGGAGGCCAAUGAAGUGAUCGGCUUGUCGAUGGAUAACCUGUGGCGAUCCACACAGCUCUUCUACAUCUCUGCUCCUUUGCUCUUGUAUUCCAUCAUUAAAGGCAUCCAGGAUUAUAUGCGCUAUCAGAUGUACGGCGAGGACAUCAGCUUUUGGGUCGGCGGUGACCGCGGCGUCAUGUCCACGAAUCUUGUUAAGUAUUGGACUUUGUUCCUCAUUUUGGGUGCCAUUGGCGCCUGGAUCUACUACAGCAUCGAAGGGCGAAAACACACAGGUGUUUUAUCUGCGGUGAUCAUCGUGACGUUGAUCGCUCUCGAUGUGCUGCAUCCAUGCACUUACUUGUGGGUUGGCCGUACCAAGAUGACCAAAGAGAAGGCGGCCCAGCUCACUUGGAGCCAGGCCAUUGUGACACGCGGCUGGUGGGAGGUGAUGAUCGGCAAGCUGAUCUUGAACCAGACGGUCACCGGCGUAAUGAAGUGGUUGGGGCCAGCAUGGUUCGUGUUGAUGCCCUUCUUGACCUUGGUGAUGCCCUACAUCGGCGUGAACCAGGCCUUCAUGAUGAUCGGAUCCACGACGAACCGCUGA